AUGGAGACCAGCAUGGUGGACGCAAACAUGAGCGCCCCGCAACAGCGCAGCCCCCUUCAAGUUCCUGCCGUCAGUCCAUUUUGCAGUAGCGCCGCCAGCCAGGAAGACAUGGGGUGUUCUGAGAUUCCAUAUGCAAAAGACGCUGCCUUUGGUGAGGACACACCCCGCGUCGUUGGCGUCAAGGACCAGCUUAGUAAGGUCAAGCUUGAGAUCUACUUCGUCGGGUCGAUCGACAACAUCGACAUUCCUCAGGCUGUCGCCAAUAGCAAAGGAGCCUGUGUGGAGUGGACGAAAGCCAAGCUCACCACCUAUGAGAGGAAGAGAUACAAGAUCGCGCUUGGUGUCGGUAUGGUAGUUGUCGCUCGGGCGAUCAAUCGCACUCCCGGAGGGCUCGAGGCAUGGAAGCAGACCACGAGGAAGCAGCGUAUCGACUACUUCAGGCAGUGCAUGCGCCCGAUCGCUUUCGGUGUGGCGGACGACUUCUUCCACAACGAGCUGACUCCGGUCGGCAUCGAAAGCAUCUACUCUAAACCAGAUGAGGAGAUCUGCAAGAAACUGCGCAUGUGGGACGAAUGGCGUAUCUCCCGACUCUGCGACGCAGUCUACGAUCACGCCUUUCGCCACGCCAAAGGCUCGUCCGCCAAGAAGAUAGACUCCAGCAUCAACCAAGUGUGGCGUUCGACCGGCAACGGUGACCACGUCAAGAAUGAGAUUCAGCUUCCGGAUUCCACUGAAGGCCUUCCAGUCGUCCCGUUGGAGCACUAUGGGCUGAGGCGUCGCGCUCCGGAAAUCAUCGACCCAACCUCGGCCAGCGUUGGCAUCGAAGCGUUCGAAGGUCUGGACUCAUGA